AAAAAGCUACAUGCAAUUUCUCAAGCAAGAAAUUUGCUAGGACUGUCUGGGAGUAAUCUGAGAGAGGGGCCUAAUUGGAGGAGCCAAAUGUGAGGGAUGUGUAACAUGAAAACAAGCUGUUAAUGGUAGAGAGGAAAAACUAUAUUUCUUAUUGGUCUAUUAACUUAUUUUUAUAAAACACCCAGAAAUGUCAGGCAGUCGUUUCAAACAGCAUUAACACUAAAAGAGCAUUAUCAUAAUUUUCACAAUUUCACAGUAUUAUUCCAACCUCAGUGUAGAAAUAUAUAUAAAACACAGGAAAAUCACGUUUUUGACUGCACUGCUCCAUUAAUAUAAAUGCCCGUUAGUUAGUUUAGUGGAAAAGAAUAUCGGCAUAAAAGGGUUUCCUCCUCAGUCAACAUAUCUGUUGUCCAUUUCAUCUCUAGCUGUGUUGUUAGAGUGUGAGAUGGUCAAGUUUGGUCAGCUGUGUAACGGCAACUCCAGUAACAGGAAGAGUACAGGGGACAACUUGGGACAAGGACAGUACGGAGCACACAGAACAGACCAUGUGCAUGAGGGCAUUGACAUCGUGUGUAACGACGGGGCCACAGUGUACGCUCCAUUUGAUGUGAAACUCAACGGCAAAAUGACUGUGUACACAAACCCGAAGAAGGCAGCCAUCAACGAUGGGAUCAACCUCAGUGGGGAGGCUCUGUGCUUUAAGCUGUUCUACGUGAAGCCUGACAGUUACUCUGGGUUGGUGAAGAAGGGCCAGAGGAUUGGGACCCUGCUCCCCAUGCAGAGUGUAUACCCAGGGAUCACUUCUCACGUCCACGUCCAGAUGUGUGACAAGUUCGACCCCAACAAAAACUUCUGAUUGCAACACCUCUCCUUUAACCAAUCAAUCAACCAACCAAUCAAUAAAUAAAUAAAUCGACUAAAUGAUCAUAAUGAUAGGCCUUACUGUGU